GCUCAUUCAGGUUCCCACCUGACCACCUCACGGGCCAAAACCCUCUCCCCCUUCCUCGCCGUCUGCCUCUCCGGGGACGACGGCACGACGCGGUACGGGCUGCGUCGCCAGGAUCUGCUACCUCGUCGAGUCCGCUUCUCCCCCGCCAUACGAGUCUUUACCUCCGGCGACGUCGUACGCGGCCUGCUGCGCGAGCGAUUCGGCCACCUUGGGGGUUAGGUUUUCCCCACAUCCGUCAAGCUAUGGCUCGAGACUUUGAUACAUACAUGAAGGGGUACCAGAGGUGCAAGCGCCCUUGGGAGUGUUCAGUUAAAGAUCUAGGCGUCAGGCAUAUCGAUUUCGAUGAAAAAAGCAUGAGGUUUUUUGAGGGCAAAUACACCAUGGGACCAAUCAUAUCUGACUGUCUCAUUGAGAAGUUCCUAAACAGAUCACAGUUUGAGUCCUAUUCUCUUUUGAGGAACUUUAGGCAUUCAAAUGUUGUGGCUGUCCAAAACUUCUAUGAUGUGUCAGGCUAUCCCAGGUUUGUAUUAUCUUGGGUGGACGGAAGCUUAACAGCAUGGAUGAAAAAGGAUGGCGCAGGCAUAAUGUUUAAAUCAAAUAUGAAGGGAAGCAUUCCAACAGGAGCACUAAGACAGACCCUCCUUGACCUCUGUAGCGGACUUGAGCAUUUACUGGCUGAGCAAUUGUACCCUGCUGAGAUUGAUUUAAAAGACAUGUACGUGCGCCAAGUGGGCCACAAGGGAAUUGUCCAAAUCCUCAUUAAUAAAGUUGAGAGAUUGUCAGGUCUUGAUGCAACAAAAAGGAAGGCAAAGUUAUGGGCUGGUCUGAGAAAAGCUCUUCAUGAGAUAUAUAAGGAGGCUCCACGCGCUGUUAACCCUGUUGCAUUGAGGUUCAUCAACUAUGUUGGAGUUACAGACAGCACCCGACUACAGAGGUUCCCUGACAAAUGGGACUACAACAUGAAGGCAAGGUACUUACUAUCAGUUAUGUCAGAAGAUAUUGCUGUGGUAAGACCUAAACUGCAUGUCCAAGGUGUGCCUAUAAUAAAUUGGCCAAAAACUCCCAAUGGCAACCGUCUUCGGGCACCAUUUCAAGAGGCGUUUGACCAUCAGGCCGCACGUGGAACAAUCUAUGACGUAGAAGAUCCCUAUGACUACAUAAGAUUGUGCAAGGAUGUUAUCAAACAUUGGAACGUCAUGCCAGCUUCUGUUAAGGGCGAGUGUUCCACCUGGGAGAAGUUCAUUGACAAGAUCGAGAAAUGGGAUCAGAUGAUUUGGUGCACUCUGUACGAGGCUACUGCAUGAAUCCUGAGGAUGUAUGGUAACAACGAGACAAACUAGCUUGACUUCGCUUCUGGAAACUGAAGACGUGAUGAAUGCUAGACACUGGCAGCAAAACCUGGUGAUUUGUAUUCUCAUGUAACUUGUAUGUUGAGGCUUGCUAGUUUGUUUUAGUGUCCCCUUCUUGGAGUUGUUCAAUACUUGUGGUCAAGAGGCUGAAGAUGUGGCAUGUAAUCAUCACUUGUUCUAAUACUUCUUGGAGUUGAAUGUUUUGGUAACAGAUUGUCAGGUCGGCUGACUGUUGAAGGAUCA